GAACAGUUCGUUUUGUUUUGUUGCUGGAGCGCUAUGCCUUGCCGAUAUAACGCUAACAGACAUAAAAAAGGUGGAAACGACGACGAAUGUAUUUUGUUUUAAUAAAAACAAAAUUCCAUAGAAGACGUAUUCGUCUUAGUCCUACAGAUUUAAGAACCAGACUUUUUUCUCGUCUCUGGGAACUGGGAAACUCUUUUUACGUGCCCCUAUCCACAAAGGUUCAGGCACGCCCACCCCGGAUUCAGCCUCUGACUUCGCCAGUGACCGACUCGUCUCAAUAUCAGACAAGGAUAACUUUGUGCUCUGUGUGUCUGCUAGUACUUAUGUAAUUGAAUAUCUGGAAGUAAAAAUGCAGACCAGGAGUGUUUUACAGACUUGUUUCACAAUCUUCCCUUGAUGUUCCAUUCGUCAAUACACAUUUGCAGAACUUAUGUUUAAUCUAGAUCAGAUGUCAAAUCAUUUUAUUCUGCUGUGCACGUGUAGUUUCUUUGAUGUGUGUAGCUAGCGAUAUAGAAACACAACACGUGAUAAUGGAUGCUGUGAAUAACGUAUUCCAGUGUAAGACUUGUCGGGAAGAAUGCAAGUGUUCUGUUGUCAUGCAAUCACACGGGACUAUUCACCCCGGCCAGACGUUGUUUAAAUGUGCUGCAUGUUCUGUGAGUUUCCUGACACACCAUGAGCUAAAUGAACACAGGCUGCUCCAUCUGGACGAUAAAACCUUUAAGUGUGAUGCGUGUUGUGAUAGUUUUUCAACACAUUCCAAGCUAAACGAACAUGGAAUUGUGCAUAAGUCUGAUGAACCAUUUAAAUGUGUGACAUGUUCUGAACGUUUAUUGACACGUUCAGAGGUUCGUGGACAUGGAUUCUUUCAUACUGAUGACCAAGGUCUUAACGCCGAAGUUUGCGCCGAUAAUUUCCCAACUCAUUUUGUUCUCAAACAUGAGCGAACUGUGUCAACUGACCAAACCUUUAAGGAUCCAGUUUGCACUGAAGAUUUUCCAAGACAUUCAGUGAUAUUUGACGAUAACAUGACUAGCGACGGAGUUCUUAAACUAGGUGUUUCCUCUCAGAAUGUUUCUGCAUUUUCGGAAAUGAGUCAGCAUGAAUUAGCCAACACUGGUGACGAGAUCUCGAAGUCUAAUUUGAGCCCUGUGUAUGUUCCAGUUCGUCCUGAGGAAGAUGGAUUAACGCAAAGGAGUAACCAGAUAUAUAAAUGCGGAGUGUGUUCUAGGUCUUUUGCAACGAGCAGGAACUUGAGGAGGCACAUGUUGACUCACACGGGCCAGAAACCGUACACUUGCGACGUCUGCUCAAAGUCCUUCUCGCAGAGCGGAAUCUUAAAGAUCCACCUCCGAAUCCACACUGGCGAACGGCCGUACAAAUGUGAACUGUGUCCCGAAAGCUUUGCGCGCAAGCGAGAUCUCACCAGACACGUCAGUGUCCAUUCUGGAAGAGAACCUUUCUCUUGCGAACUCUGCCCGAGAUCCUUUGCACGUGCGUGGAGUCUAAAAGUGCACGUGCUGUCUCACACCGGACAACACACAUUCACGUGCGGCGUGUGCAGCAAGGGCUUCUCGCGUAGUUCCGACCUCAAGUAUCACAUGAUGGUGCACACGGGUCAGAGGCCGUUCUACUGUGACGUGUGCGCCAAGUGGUUCCAGCGGAAGAGCGUCCUCACCCGGCACAUGCGCAGUCACACCGGCGAGAAACCGUACCAGUGCGAUCUCUGCUCCAAGCGGUUCGUGCAGACGAACUGUCUGAAGUCACACAUGAAGCUGCACACCGGGGAACGGCCGUUCCAUUGUGACCUUUGCUCAAGGACGUUUUCUCAGAAAUGGGGUUUGAAAUCUCACAUGAGAGUCCACACUGACAAUAAUUCCUAAUUCUCCGAACGUACUCUGUUGAGUAGGUCAACAGUACCACACAUCAUCAGGGGCCUAAUUCACAAAGGUUUCUUAGGCUCUGCUAGACAACAAAGCAUCCUCUUUUUAAGUCUUUUAGCAUUGCACUGCGAGAUCGCAAAGUUGCGAGAGUUUAGUGAAUUGUGUCCCUGAAUACUACGAUACACACUUUCUUCUUUUUUCGUUGGCCAAGUGGACAUAUGGGUCGCGUUCUAUUAACCUUAACUAUGAUUCUUUCAUGGAACGGACCACCAGUGGCUCGGUCAUCUGCUUAAUAUGCACCAAUCUCAUCUGGCAUUUAUGCUAAUUUUGUGAUGACGUACGGUUAUUUUGAGCACAAUGUAUAAUCGAACAGAAAAAUCUGAAAUUCCAUACUGUACUACGACAUACAGGGACAAGCCAGUAAAGCAAGCAUGAGCGUGUGCAGGAAUUUUAACCGGGGGGGGGGGGGGGGGGGGGGGGACUAGCGACAAGUUUAAAGAGGGGUUGUCAUGCUCCCCCGUAAAUUAUGUUGAGAAAAAAGGUAAUCUGCACGAGUAGAGUAGUUUCGACACCCGAAACCUACCGCCUGCACACGCGCCUAAGCCAGGUUUCAAACAUACAAAACUGUACAUUGACAGAAUACUACACGAGACCGUUAGAUUUAAAAACCAUUUAUCUUAAGAAUGGGGGGCGUAAGAAAUGCAUAUUGUUAGUUUUACGAUGUUAUGUCGAAUAAACGUAGAUUUGAACUGUUUAUAAAUUAAUUAUGUUUUUCUAGUCAGAAAGUUUAAUAAAAUUAAUAUCGUCAA